AUGAUUGAUAUAAUACUAAAAAUGUUCUUAGGAAAAUAUUUUGAAUCUUCUGACAACAAUUUUAUUAGUGUGAAUAUGGGGACAGGAAUAGAAAUUAGGAACAUCAUAAUUAAAAACGAUGAAAUUAAUAACUUCUUAAAAAGUAAGAAUAUAGACAUAGAAAUAGUAUAUUUAAAAAUAGAAAAGAUUAACAUAAGUUUUGUAACUCUAUCUGGCAUAUUAACACUAAAAAUACAAGGUGUAGAUUUAAGAGUUAAACCAAACAUACAUAAAAAUACCUCUAAACAAAUUAAAAAUAAAUUGACAAGUCUUUUGAAAAAUAAAGAAAAAGAUUGUACAGGAUUAUAUUUAUCUUACCAUAUGGACAAUGCUUGCCAAAAGAAUAAUAUAUCCACAAAAGAAAUUUUAUGUUGCUGUUGUGAGAAAUACAAAAAUGAAGAAGGUAGCAUAUGCUCUUACAACAAUUAUAAUAACAUGAAAACUUAUAUAUGUAAAGAAUGCUCUAUAUUAAAAAAUAAAAAAAAUGAAAAUAAUAUUAAUUCAUUUUUUGAAGAAAAAAAAAACAUCACUAAUAUAAACAAAUAUAAAAUAUUUAUGAACGAAGAAAAAAAUGUGUCAUACGAAUAUAAUAAAAAAAAUAGGACUAAUAUGAAUAUGUUAAAAUGUUAUAAUAAAGAAAGCAUAAACAACACAACAACAAAUAUAAAAAGUAUAAGAAAUAAUAUUAAUAAUGAUAAUAAAAAUGAUGAAUAUUUUGAAGAAAGCAAAAAUAAUUAUUCCAUUCCUUUAAAUAAUAUAAACGAAUUAUAUACAAAUAAUUAUUAUAAUUACAAUAAUAAUAUAUCUUCAAUUAUUAGCAUAAUAUCAGAUACUCAAAAUUAUGAAAAACAUAAUUCCUUAUUAUCAUCAAAUAAAAGCAAUCAUUUAAAUAAUUCUCAUUUGCAAUAUAAUACGUCUCUUUCUAAAAAUAUAAACUGUAAAAAUACAUUAAAUCAGUAUAAGAACAAUUUUAUUGGAGAGAAAAAUGAAUUAAAUGUGAGAAAUAAAAAAAGUGAUAUUGAAAUAUACAAUGUUGAUUUAAAUAAUGAACAACCAUUUAAUCCUCAGGAAUAUAAAAUAAAAUACAAUUGUUAUAAUAAUUCUAAAAAUAUUUUAUUAUCAAACGAUUAUUCUUAUGUAUCUUUAAAAAAUAUAUUUAAACAAUCUAAACCUUUAAGAAAAAAAAAAAUUAACAAUUAUUUAUGUUCCUAUCAAAAUAAAAAAUCAAAUGAUCAACUAGACAAAUUACAUGAAGGAUGUAUGGAAAAUGAUUUCAUUCCUUUAAAAGAAAACAUUAUUUUUGAUCAUAUAAAUGUGGAAAGUAAAUAUGACAUCUUUGAUACCAAUCAUAGUAAUUUAUUAUACACUUAUAAUAAUGUGUAUGAUGAUAGUGGAAUUAAAAUAAAUGUGGACAAUAUAUUUGACCAAACGAGAGAUUAA